GAGGGAGACUGAUACAGAGGAAGAAAAGAGCAGGGGAAGAGAGAAGAAGAGAUGAAAAAGUGAGAUAAACGACUGAAUAGAUACGAAAAAUGUGGCACGUUGGAAAAUGAUCUACGUGUAGACCUGGCUGUGCUGCGUGACCUGCGUGACCUCUCUGUCAUCCUCCAGCUCCUCUCUCUUUUUUCCUCCGUUCAUCCAUUCAGUCCCAGCUCUUUAGAACUUUUGGGCUUCUAGACACGGAACCGGAAUGGACCUCCAUCGGACGGCCUUCAAGAUGGAGAGCUCCUCUUACAUGCCGAGUCCCUUGGCAUCUCCUGCUCUGAUGGUCCUGGCCUCCACCACCGAAGCCGGCAGAGACGCCUCCAUCCCCUGUCAGCCCCCGAGACCCUUCGGCGUCCCCGUCACUCUGGAGAAAGACAUGCACCUUCCGUUCCCCGCCGGUUCCUACACCUUCGCCUCCAUGUACCACCGCCAGGGAGGCUUUGCCCCUCGAGACUUUCCCACAUCCCUCCUCCACCUCCACCCUCAAUUCGGCCCUGCAAAUCUGGACUGCUCUCCGCUGGGCGUCCUCUCUCAUGGAGCUGUUGGAGCCUUCCGGCCCUUCUCGUCCCCGGUGGAGGAGCGAGACACUGCAGGGUACCAGUCCGCCUUUCUUCCAGCAAAGAGACUGAAGGGCUGUCUGGAGCCGGAAGCUGCUCCACACCUUCGUUACACAGACUCGGAGGGGAAGGAGUUUGACUUUGGGACGUCUCGCAUCCCCUCAGGGUCUCCUGGUGUGCUGAAGACGGUCGAGGAUGCUGGGAAGAAGCUGUUCGGCAUGUCUGUGCUGCUGGCAGAUGGUGAAGCUUCAUGUAGCCCUGAGGAACAGAAGGAGCGAUGUAAGGUGAAGUGUGUGUUUGAUGCUCAGACGCCCGUGUGUCCCAUCUGUCAGGCUGUUCUGCGGCCGGGGGAGCUUCAGGAGCACAUGGAGGCGGAGAUGGAGCGGCUCACACAGCUACAGUUGUGUCCGAGUCCCUCUCAGAAGGAGUGUCUCUCUACUGGGUUUCCAAAGCCUCUCUUCUCUGCCCACAUUAAGCGAGAGGGUGGUUCCUCACCCCGCCCUGCUGAUGAGGCUGUCCACUCAGACCGGUACCAGACGUUUUUGCGAGUGAGAACCAACAGGCAAACAAGACUCAGUGCUCGCAUUGGAAAGCUGAAGAGGAGGAAAGCAGAGGAAGAGCAGCGAGAUGGUGUGUGUGCUGUGGAGAACGGAUCGGUCGUAACAGGAGGAGAUGAGUAUGAGUGGACAGAACAGAGACGAAUGCACAUGGUGUCUAUCCUGCGGGGCUUCAGAGGUUUGGUCUGCAGUACAGUGAAGGAGAACCAGGACAGUGAUGCAGAUCUGGACGUGGACGGAGACGAUUCACUCAACUACGGCAAAGCACAAUACUCAGAGACGGACGUGAUUCCCAGCUCACGAGACGCCGAGGAGAGCGAGACCGGACUAAAUGCGGACGCAGCCAGCAGACUCCAGUCUCCAGAACACGCCAAGUGGUUAACAGCAGAAACUCCAUCUACGAGUAAUGAAGAGCACAGUAAAGCUGACGGCAGUGCCAGCACCUCACCACCCACCUGCAGGAGCUGUGAGCUACAGCUGAUGUCCAGUGACUCACUCAACACACUGGAAGCUCUAAAGAUGCGAAUCCGAGAUCUGGAGAAGCAGCUGACCCGAGGAGACAGAAUCAAAUGCCUCAUCUGCAUGGACUCGUACACGAUACCGCUGACAUCCAUCCAGUGCUGGCAUGUGCACUGUGAGGAGUGCUGGCUCCGCACACUGGGAGCGAAAAAGCUGUGUCCGCAGUGUAACACCAUCACUUCCCCGGGGGACCUGAGACGAGUGUACUUGUGACUCACGGCUCUUGGAAACAUUGACCUGUUUGCACUCUGCUCUCUGUAUUACAGAGCUUUCACACACACACACACACACACACACACACACACACACAGCUCUCAGCACUGCACAUCCCAGACAAAGGAAAGAUCGAGAAUUUAACUGGACUCUGUACCGGACUGGAAAACAGGAGACCUUGAUGUCCAGAACUCCUUCAAACAUCCAGCAAUGCAGUGCUUUAUUUAUAUUUGUACACUUCAGUGUUUCAGUACUGUAGUGCUGCAUAAUGUGGACAGAAUACCUUAUUGCAAUUUAAUUUCAGAUAUUCGACUGAUUUAUGCACUGCCUGGUCAAAAAAAAAGUUCCCAUUAAAAAAAAGGUCACUAAUAUUUGGUUGGACGGCCUUUAGCUUUAAUUGUGGAACGCAUCCACUGUGGCAUUGUUUUAAUAAACUCUUGCAAUGUCACAAGAUUUAUUUUAAUCCAGUGUUGCAUUUAUUUAUUUUUCACCAAGAUCUUGCAGCAGCAUUGAUGAUGGUAGAGUCUGACUGCUGCACAAAGCAGCUCUUCUCCAUCCAGCACAUCCCAAAGAUUCUCAAUGAGGUUAAGAUCUGGACUCUGUGGUGAACUCUCUCUCAAUCCAUGUGUAAAAAUGAUGAUUUCAUGCUCCCUGAACUCCAUCAGGGAAGAAAAAAUCCAUUGAUGGAAUAACCUGGUCUAUAUUGAGUAUAUCCAGGUAGUCAGCUGACCUCAUUCUUUCAGCACAUAGUGUUGCUGAACCUAAACCUGCAGACCAACUGCAGCAUCAACCAACCAACACUGGAUUUACUUACCUAAAUCCAGAUGGCGACUUUUUUUUUUGGCCAGGAAGUGUGCAUUCACUGUCAAAAAAAAAUAGUUGCACCCAUAAGAAAUCAACCAACAAGAAUGAAACUUGGUGGGUAGUCAUCCCAGACUAUCGUGGUGUGACUAUCAACACUCCACCCCUACCACUCAAUCUGAAGCAACUACAUGCAUUGUCACAGGACUUCUCUAGGUCAAUAAAUAUGAACCAGAUCACUCUAAUCCAAAACUUUCUUCUGGUUGCAACUAUUUUUGUAUUCGUUUCCUUAAUGAUGAAUAUAUUUUGCAAUACUUUGCAAUACAUUGUUGAAUCAUUAACACGGUAAUAAACAAACAGCAUAUGGCACAGAUAGCAAGAGACUUGAAGCACAAGCUUUGCAGUGUUUACAAUUUAAUACCAUUAUAAUAAACUCUCUCUUCCAACAAAAACAGCACAAAUACACAUGGCUUUGUAAAACAGCUUCCAGGUAUAUUACAUAUAAAUGAGAUGCAACUUUCUCUCUCCUUCUGUCUCUCUUUCUUUCUCACCUUCUGUUUCUCUCUCUCUCUCUCUGUCUAUCUCUCUCUCAAACUUUUUUAUUUUUUUGUCAAAAUCUGUUUUUGUGUACGUGAUGUUAAUCAAGGCAAACUGUAUUUUUUUUAUUUCCUUUCAUUAUUGUAAUUUAAUAGUUUGAGAAGGUUUUGUCAAGAGGAUGCAACACUGAACAUGAGCUACAGUGAUGAUAGAUUCAAUGCGAUGGCACACUGGACACGCCAUACUGGCCAGAUUCAAAAAAAUAGAAACACUAAUUUUUUAUUUAUUGGAGAUGCACCCACUUGUGGCAACACCAGACAUUAAAGCAUGCCAGCCAUUGUUUUAUUCCUCAGUGUGAUACAGCCUAUACCACAAAUUAUAAUUUCCGUUUUGCAUUAAAUUAACCCUUGUGUGGUGUUCAUAUUUUUGUUACUUGUUUACUUUGUUGUACUCUUGUAUUUAAUUCAGCAAAAUUAAGCAAUUUUACAUUAAAAUGUUUUACACAUGCUCGCUUCACCUAAAUUGCAAGCAAUAUAAACAGCUUACAUGGUUAAAAUUUGCCCUUUACCUUUCUUAUGUUACAUUUCUUUCAAAAAGUGCUACUCUUUUUUUAUUCGUUUUUUAAUUAAAUGUAAAAGAAAAUGAAUUAAACUCAAGAUAUGAGUAGAAAAUUUGUUUAGUUUAAAAUUUACAAAUGAAGCAAUGUUUAUUUGCCCUCGGCCAAACAUACUGUAUGUAAUAUAAAUGUGUAGGGGGCAUGGGGUGUACAGUGUGUGCUUAUCGAAAAUGUGUUUUGAUAUAUGUUUUUCACAAAAAAUGAGCCAAUGCCAAUGAGUUUGAGUUCGGAAAAAUAUUUUUUUAGUAUCAUUUGAUGAAAAAUGAAAACACCACACAAGGGUUAAACCAGAAGGAUUCCACACAUUUCAAAUGGCUGUGGACAACUUUAUAAUAUACUUUAUAAUAUUUGCAAGAAACUGAGAAAUUGGGCUACUUUGCCAUCAGCAGCCAGAGUCUGAGAGAGCCCAAGUGGCCUUGCUCUCUCUGGGUGGAUAAAUGGGUGGGAGCGCUCUCCCCUCAGAAGUCCUAGUUGGAUGUUGGCUUAGCACAGGCAUCUGUAAGCUAAUACAUCAGAGCUGGGUUGCUGCGCUUUCCUCCAAAUGCGCUGGCUACGCAGUGAAGCUGUAUAAGCAGCGGAUGGGAAAAGGGGCGGAGUCUAACUUCAGAUGUAUCAGCACUAGUGGAGGCAUGUGCUAACGUCCACUCUUCUAGUGUUGGGGCAUUAGCACUGAGAUUGGGAAUCAUCUAUUAUGCUUUUACAACAUUUGUUGUAAAAAUAGCUACAUUUUAAUAAUUACAUUUGAAUUAAUUUUUGAAUUAUGGCACUUCUUUGCGAGGUCCAGUGUGCGUCCGCUUUUAGGGUUUUUGUGAUGUCGAUUUAUGCAAAUCUGUCACUUUUACUAUCAGUAAUUAGUACAAUAAUUAAAAAAAAGUCCUUUAGUUUAUAAAGAA